CAGGUGACUUCCUUUGCAUAGGGAGGAGCGCCUCGCUCAGAUCAGGGGAAGAUGAGGUUUCGAUUCUGUGGGGAUUUGGACUGUCCUGACUGGGUCUUGGCAGAAAUAAGCACUUUGGCUAAAAUAUCUUCGGUGAAACUUAAGCUGAUCUGUGUCCAGGUUCUGAAGGACGUGCUUGGAGAUGGCAUUGAUUACGACAGAAUUCUAAAGUUAACAUCAGAUGCCAAGUUUGAAUCAGGAGACGUGAAAGCGACUGUCGCUGUUCUGACCUUCAUUCUCUCCAGUGCUGCCAAAUACAACGUGGACUCUGAAUCUCUCUCCAGUGAACUUCAACAGCUGGGGCUGCCCAAAGAGCAUGCCACGGGAUUGUGCCGGUCCUAUGAGGAGAAACAAGGUCUUCUCCAGGAAAGCCUCAGGAAAUGCAGCCUGAGAUUGAAUUGUCUGGAUUCUGUGUCAUGGAGAGUGGAUUACACCCUGAGUUCCAGCGAGCUCCGGCAGGUCCACGAGCCUGUCGUUCACCUCAAGCUGAACGUGAGAGAUGUCGACCGAAAGCUAACGGAGCCCGUUGCAAUGACGCUGUCGACGGAAAAGUUCCGUGUCUUACUUGCUGAACUAAAACAGGCUCAAGCCAUCAUGAAAACGCUCGAAUGAGGACGCAGCGGAUACUACCAAGACUGGAAGAAACUUCAUUUUGUCCCCCGGCCAAAAUGUCUCCACUGGAGCGUUAUCUCACAGCCUGUGAGAUAGAAGCAAAGUGGCCAGAUGUUGUUAAAGUACAUUUCCCAGUAGCCCAGGCCAGCAAAGCCACUGGGGAGAUUCUGGGAAUGGUAGUACAGAGACCUCUGGGUCACAGGCUUCCAACCCUCUGCCUUAGGAGAAGUCUAUCUGUUCUUUUCAUUUGCGCAUGAGUUGUCAAGGGGAAUGUAGCACAGAUUUGAAAUAUGAAAAUGCUCCCUCGUGUUUUUUCUGUACUUUGUCGAACGACAGAUAAUUAAAUCACACAAAUGUGGGGAAACCUGCCUUUGUCAAGUCUGCGUAUUGAGUAGAGCUACAGCUUACUGUUUUUGGUUAGAAAUGAAAUAAAAAACAGCCUAAUCUUU